AUGGUCGGGUCCUAUUCCAAGAAGCGCAAGGUGCAAGAUGGCAUGCACGGCAAGACCGUCCGCCCAAAGAAGUUCCGCAAGCAGCGCGCGUAUCACAGCAGCUCUGAGGACGAGGACGACAACAAUGACGGCAAUUUCAAGGCUGUCAAUCUCGCCGAUUCGGACGAGGAUGAGGAUGGAGGAGUUUCUGUGACCAAACCCUCUAUCCUCGAGGCUCGCGCCGCCAUGAAAGCCGCGAAACCGACGCCUACGCCCAAGAAAAAGCCCACCGCGGAUGAGAAUGACUCCGGUGACGACAAUGGUGCCGAGGAUGAUGAGGAAGCCGAUGAGGAAGAUCUCGACGCCUCUGGCUCCGAAGAAGACGAUGACCUUUCCGAGGAAGAGCAAUCCGCCGUGGGAGGCAAGCGCCGAGCCGUUUCCAAGCGCAACGACCCCUCCGCAUUCUCUACGUCCAUCUCCAAAAUUCUGUCCACCAAGCUUCCGUCCUCCGCCCGCGCCGACCCUGUCCUUUCCCGAAGCCGAUAUGCUGCGCAGAAAAGCGACGAGUUCGCGAAUGAGAAACUCGACAAGCAAGCCCGUGCUAAAAUGCGUGCCGAGAAGAAGGAAGAGCUGGACCGUGGCCGUAUCCGUGAUGUUAUGGGUAUUGAAAGAGGUCUUACAGGACCAGUUGGCGAAGAGGAGAAGCGCCUGCGCAAGACAGCGCAGCGCGGUGUCGUGAAGCUGUUCAAUGCUGUGCGCGCAGCCCAGGUCCGUGGCGAAGAGGCUGCGCGAGGCGAGCGCCAGAAGGGAACCGUUGGUAUGGGAGAGCGGGAGAAGGUCGUUAACGAGGUCAGCAAGCAGGGCUUCCUUGAGCUGAUCAAUGGCAAGAAAGGAAAGCCAUUGAACAUCGAAGAGGCUUGA